CAGGAAGAAACGAAGAGAAAUGCUUGGCCUUUCUUUCAUUUUGAAAAUUUGUUCCUCGUAAUAUUUGUCUUUCAUUUGAGUCGCACUGCAUAGCAAUGCACAUAACCAUACCAACCUUGUAUUGUCUGUGAGUCGUUCUAUCGAUUCACCUCUUCAUUUCGCGUUCGCUGUCAUUUUUACAGUAUCAACCGUUUUUACAGUAUCCACAGUACUUCCGUACAGAUUGUUAUUACCAUGGCCGAUUCCGUGGCAUUGGAAGACCGGAAAUUUUGUCUACGAGAAGUCCUUGACACUUUUAAGUCAUGUCUGACGGAAAAGAAAGAAGUCUCAAUUGAACACUAUGUUGCUGGAUGGCGUGGUCUUGUCAGGUUUUUGAACAGCUUGGGGAGUGUCUUCAGCUUCAUCUCCAAGGAUGCUGUCAACAAAAUACAGAUCUUGGUCAACUACCUCAAUGAUGAGAAUGGGUCUCAUUAUGUCACUGUCCAGUCUAUGGUAAAAUAUGAGCUGGAGAAUGAACUUGUGGACUUAACCAAGAAGGGAAGCCACCCAGAAUCAGGGUGUCGUACUCUGCUGAGGCUCCACCGUGCAUUGCGAUGGCUUGAACUGUUCCUGGAGCGCCUCCGCACUAGCACUGAAGACAGUAAGACCUCCGUUAUGUGCUCAGAGGCCUACAACGAGUCCCUGGCCCAGCACCAUCCCUGGGUCAUCCGUAAAGCUACAGGCAUGGCAUUCUGUGUCCUCCCUGGACGUACUACAUUCUUUGAAGUAAUGAAUGUGGGCACCCCAGAGCAGGUCGUAGCCAUGCUUGGGGAUGCCCUGCCUCUUAUCUCUGAGGUGUACCGGAUUACAGAGGAACUUUAUGCACAGCAUAAUAUACUGGAGUUACCAUAGUGAGCAAGAAGAGGCACUAACAUUUGCUGCUGCUAAGUGGUUCAGUUUACUCUAAGGAGGGUCUAAAAAAAUAAUGAUUUUUUUAUCUGUCUUAUAAACACAAUAUGUUGUAUGUUAAUUGAACAGUGUCUCCAACAUGCCCCUACUCUCAGGCUGUCAAGCUAGCUGCUCCUCUCAUGUUUUCUUUUAAUAGUAGGGUCUUCAGCACUUUUAACAAUGUUUGAAGUCACUCAGCCAUUAAAUUAAGUCAGACGUGGGAUGAUGGGACCAAUGAAUGUUAUUGAUUCAAUGUAACAUGAAUCUACCUACUAAGUUGUUCAUUUUAAUAUAAUGGAAAUGGUAAUGUAAUAAAGACAUUAUUUGUAACAAUCCAUCUCUUCAAGUCUUCUCAGAUUCAGCUUUUAACCCAAAGUAAUUUUGUAUAUUUGUGCAUCUAAAUGUUACAUCUAAAUCUACAUUGGAUAUAUUCUGCAUGGAAUUAUUUGUGAACGGUAGGGCAGGUGAGAUAAUGCUCAAAUCUUGAAAAGCUCAUCAUCAUUAAAACUAGCUAUAUAUGUGUCAGUUUGUAUAAAGAUAAAAUUGUGAAUAUGAAUGAUAAGAUACCACUUUGAAAACGUGUACCAUGUACCCCAAUAAAACUAUCUUG